GGAGCCUGGGGUGUGUGUGGCUGGUGCGGGAGCGCACCCUCCGCGGCGUCGGGUGCGGCGCUGGAGUCUCCCUCACUUACUCCAGGCUUCCGAGCUGAGGCCCGAAACCAGAGCGGGGACCGCGCGGCACCCGGGCCGCGGGCAUGGCGGCCCCGGAGGCGGCGCCCCCUCAGGCUGAGGGCGCGGGGCAGGCGCCCUGGGCGCAGCUGGAGGCCCCCGCCUACCUCCUGCUGCAGGCGCUGCAGGGGGGCCCCGACGGGGCGCGGCGCGGCCUGGGGGUGCUGCGGGCCCUGGGCAGCCGCGGCGGGGAGCCCUUCGACUGGGGCCGCGUCCUCGAGGCGCUGUGCCGGGAGGAACCCGUCGUGGAGGGCCCGGACUGUCGCUUGGAGUUGAAACCGCUGCUGCUGCGACUCCCCCAAUUAUGCCAGAGGAACCUGAUGUCCCUGCUGAUGGCUGUUUGGCCAUCGCUGCCUGAAAGCAGGCUCCUCCCUGUGCUGCGGGUUGCACAGCAGGACCUAAGCCCUGACCCUGAUGUCUGGCUCCGGGCCCUUGGGGAAUUGCUGCGAAGGGAUAUGGGCAUUGGGGUCUCCACUGAGGGAGCAUCCCCACUGUCUAAAAGGUGCCAGAGACAGCUGCAAGGCUUGUGUAGGCGGCUGGGCCAAGGGGACAGGAGGUUGACAUUGCCCCAGGCUCCAGACUCUGAAGAGGAAGAGGAGGAGGAGGAGGAGCACAAGGACUCCCAGUGGCCUGGAAAACGCAGAAAGGAGCCCGAGGAAGAGCCUAUCAGUCCUGAGAGGGAAAGAGCCCCCAAAAGGUUCCGGGGCUUGGAAAGGACAGAAGAAGAAGGAGGUGGUCAGGAGGAGAGACCUGAACAUGAAUCUUUGGAAUCCCUGGCAGAUGGAGGAGGUGCAUCUCCCAUUGAGAACCAACCUGUCAUGGAGGCUGAGCCCAGUGAGGCUGGUCAGAGUCUGGAGGAUGCCAAGGACCUUGCUGAGAGUUUGGAGUUACCCAAAGCUAUCCAGGACCAGGUUCCCAGGCUGCAGCAGCUGCUCAAGACCCUUGAGGAGGGAUUGGAGGGAUUGGAUGGUGCCCUCCCCGUUGAGCUGCAGCUUCUCCAUGAUUGCUGUCCCAGCCAGAUGGACCUGCUCUGCUCCCGGCUGCAGCUCUCCCAGCUCUCGGACACAGCUCUGCUGUGCUUCUGCACCUGGUUGCUGUCCCUUUCACCAGAUCUUAGCCUUGGUAAUGCUGCUGUGCUGACCAGGAGCCUCUUUCUUGGACGAAUUCUCUCCUUGACUUCUUCACCCUCCCGCCUGCUCACAACUGCUCUGACCUCCUUCUGUGCCAAGUAUACCUACCCAGUCUGCAGAGCCCUCCUUAGCCCUGUGCUGCAGGCCCCAGGAACAGGUGAUUCUGAAACCAGCCCCAGGCCUGGUAGCUCUGCCCUCAGUUCCCAGCAUCCUUCACCCCAGAGUGGCCCUAGCAGUCCAGCUCAAACAGAGUUACUGUGUUUCCUCAUGAAGGACAAGGCCCUGGAGCCAGACAUGCAGCUUCUAAUGCUGGGACAGGUCUUGGAGCUGCCCUGGAAGGAGGAGACUUUCUUGGUGUUGCAGUCACUCCUGGAGCAGCAGGUGGAGGUGACCACUGAGAAGUUCAAUGUGUUGAUGGAGAAGCUUUGUAAAGAGGGGCAAGUGGCCACCACAUCCACAGCCUAUGCCAAGCUCGUGCUGACAGUGAUGACCAAGUAUCAGGCCAACAUUACUGAGACCCAGAGGCUGGGCUUGGCUGCAGCCCUAGAACUCAACACGACUUUUCUGAGGAAGUCCCUGCAGGCCACUCUGAGACGUCUGGCCGCCUGACCAUCCACCAGGGGACCACCCUCCUGGAGCUUCCUCAUCAGCUUCCUGAAGGACAUUUCUACUCUCAGCACUUUCCCUGCCUUAGGGGUAAAGACAGAGUCUGGUCAUUCCAGGGAUCAGCUACCACCUUGCUAUAGGCUGCAGAGAGGCCAUCUUGGCUGCCCAGCCAUCAGGGAGGGUCCCUGGCUAAGGGGGCUAGAUGAACUUGAUUUCCCAGGGCUGCUGAUCCUGGGCUCACUCCUGUCACUUCUGCAGGCUUUGGGGCCGGAAGCUUUCUGAUAGGCCUCAGUAGAGUCAAAGCAGACCCUGAGUAGAUGAUCUUCCAGGAGCCCAGGGUUCCUUGUGAGUUCAGCACAAAUGUCUUGUGCUCAAGUAUAUGUUACUAUCCUCCAUGUUCUUGUUACUAACUUGAGUAAUACUUUAUCAAUGGUAUUUAAUAAAAAAUUCAGUAAUGUGUUA